AGGGGCGGCGCGGGCUGCAGCCGCCGUCUGUGCUGGCGCGGCGGGAGUGCGGAGCGCGUGGGCACGGGGUUGGGGGGGGGGCGCCGGCUCCGGGCACCGCCGAUGCGUGGACUAUCCGCUGCUGCAACAUGCCUGAGCCACGGUUCCGCUGACCGGAGUUAGCACACGGCGAGCUGGGCUGGACUGCAGCGCUGCCUUUCCUUAUGAAGAGGACACAAACUUGGAUUAUCACUUGCUUUUAUCUUCAGCUGCUCCUACUUAAUCCACUUGUCAGAGCUCAGCGUCGCUGUGAGAAUCCAGUGACAGAUGAUGUGAAUGACAUUCCAAAAUUGGUUGGAAAUCUUCCAAAUGAUUAUAGGAUAACCCUUAAAUAUGUCGAGAAGAUGGAAAGUCUGCCUAAUCACUGUUGGUUGCAUUUGAUGGUGCCUGAAUUUUCAAAGAGUCUGAAUAAUUUGCUCCACAAAUUUUCACAAAUAUCUGAAGCUUUAAGCAACCACUCAAUCAUCAAUAAUCUCACAAGGAUAAUUAAUGAUCUUAUAGAAUGUCUAGCAUCAGAUAAAAAUAAGAAUUUUAAAGAAGAAAGCGACCACCUCUAUAAAGAAGACAAGUUCAUUCCUGAGGAAUUCUUUAGGCAUUUUAACAACAUCAUUGAAGCCUUUAAGACAUUUUCAGAAAUAUCAGAUUAUGAUGACUGUGUUCUGCCUUCAACAACAGAAACACCACUUAAUGAUUCUAAGGUCACUGAAACAAAGCCAUUUUCAUUACCUCCUGUUGCUGCCAGCUCCCUUAAGAAUAACAAUGAUAGCAGUGUCCAGGAUACACUUGGCUACACUAGCAGCUCUAGCCUGCAAGGGAUAAGCAUAGCAUUGCCAUCAUUGUUUUCUCUUCUUAUUGGCCUUGCUUUGGGAGCAGUAUGCUGGAAGAAAACACAUCCCAAAUCUAAACCAGAAAGUGAAGAAACUGAACGGGGUAGUGGCUGUCAAGAAGAAAAUGAGAUAAGCUUUCACUGAAAUUACUGUUGAGAGCAUGGGAAGGAGCUACAGACUACUUCUUCCUCAACAAAUUAGAAAUGAAGACUGAGGAAGACUGGCUGGGAUCACAUUCCUUCAGGUUAUCAGAACUGUCUAUCAUCGCUUCUGUUUUUCAGUACUGGAGUAGAGAACUAACUUCCUUUUCUUCCAUCAGUAAUUUUCUCAUGUGACAGUGGCUGAUAGAGAAAGUAUACCAUUUCCACCCUAUCCCUCAUAAUAGGUCCCUUGUAGGACUCCCAGAUUCUUGUCCAACUGCAGCUAUAAAAGAACUAACCAGGUACUGCAGCAUGAGGAACGAGAAAGGCAGAUAGUGGAGACCUGUCUCCCUUUGGGGGUUUUGAUAUCAAUGCUAGCUGUAAGGGAAGGCUAAAUGCUAGAUGCAGCUGACUUCCUUCUUUCUAUACUCACUGCUUCAAGGUGAAAUUUGCUAAAUCAGGAGAAAUGGCCAGAGGUAAAACGUAACAGUACUGAAGCACUCUGCACUGAAGGCAGUGCAUGGUUUGGAGCCAAUCCCAAAUAUGAUUAGACCUAUAUGGGGAUCAGCAAAUAGAAGGGCAUUUUUUUCAUUUACUGUCCUGCAUAGACCUGGAUUAAUAUUGAGCAGGAACCAACUCUCUAUAACAGUACUUGUAAUAUGUUUAAUAUGGGUUUUUUUAAAUAUGUUUAAUAAACUUUUCUAUAAAUGAGAAUUUUUUGUCACCCUCACUGUAGGAUGGGGACCAUAUAAGUACCUAGAAUUUGCUUGACUAGCAGUAACAACCACAGUUAGUAUUAUGAAUCUUCAGAUAAGUAUGUUCGAAAUGCCAUCUUGAAUCUUUUUGCUUCCUCCAAGGUUUUUUUUUUUUAAAGUUUAAUCCAUUUGGCAAGAAGAAAAAAUCUGUGUGCUUCAAGUACUUACAUAUCACUAAUAAUAAAUAGUUUAAGACAUUCAGAGUAGCCUUUGGAAAUUGCAUAAGCAAAACUUUAAGGGAAAUUCAAAAAAACAUUUAAGUAACAGGAAUAUCCAGUGUUAUAAUAACUCAUUUUUAAAAGUUUUGGAAGGUAUAUUAUACUUUGUACUUGUGGUCUUACUUCUUUCCUUAACUGUAAGAGAUUAGGAUAAAAACUAUUCUGGGAGUCAGAAUUUCCAAAAUAUGCCCAUUAUAGGCUUUUUACACCUUUCUCUGAAACAUCUGAUGCUGGCCAUUGUUCUAAAAUCUUUGGGACUAGAUAGUGAUCCAACAUCCAAUUCCUAAAUUCCUAAUUUUAAUAACUUGUGAACACUUAUACUGAAGUUUUUAGUAUAUUUAACCAGUUUCAAAUAGCUAAUAACGUUGUAAAUGUCAGCCUAUUCAUGCAGCAUUCAUUGAAAGAAGAAAGACUAUAUAUUCAUAAAAUAUAACUGUUACUACAAAUAACUUUCCCAGCAUCUGUACUGUGACUCUUGAAACAGCUUCUAUAACGGAGGCAGUUUAAAAUCUUGUUUCAGGGAACAAAAGAUUUGAUACCAUUUAGUUAAAUGCAAGAGGCUACCGUUUGAGGAGGUAAAAUAGGUUGUUUUCCCUAUCAAAAGUAUUAUUAAAAAUGUAAAAUAUUACCUCUUCUUUCCCUUCUCCCACUAAGAAAGUGUAAUAUUGUACUAUAACUAAGCAUAAGUUAACAGCAAAUAUGUCUUAGGGGUGUACCACUAUUACUGUCAAACAUGCCAGUGAGGCUUGUAAAUA